AUGGAGGAGGAUGAGGUAGCGAUCCCGUGUCCUGGCAGCUGGUCAGACAGCGAUGAUGAGGUUGAGGUGGGAGUCAAUGGCACCGCCACCUCCGGAGGAUAUGCUCCAAGCCAGGCUUUGGCUCUUCUAGCCACCGCGCCCGGACAUGAUCAUCGGCAGCGGAAUUUGGCAGGAUCGCCCAACGCUGGCGAGCUUUCCAAGUUCGCGGAGCUUCCCCCAGCAGGGCCAGCAGAGGUCUUGGAUUGUCGAGCGAGAAGCUUUUCCUCGGAGGAGUUCCUGCAUCGCUGUGCCACGGGCCCCGGGCGCCCGGCCGUGCUGCAUGGCGUUCCCGAGCAAGACCACUGGCCCGCCUUGGGAAAAUGGCAAAACCAGGCCAGCUUCCUCCAACAUUAUGGCCAUUUGCAUGUGCAAGUGACGGAAAUGGCCGCCCUGCACGGUUUGGGCAAGCCGAUGCGUGUGGAGCUGUCACUGGAAGAGUAUGCGGUCUACGCCCGCGACAACCAGGUGGACUGGCCCUUCUAUGUUUGGGAGAGAAACUUCACAGGUGAUCGUCAUGGCUUGUUGGAAGACUUCGCGACCCCCAAAGUCAUGGGUGAGGAUCUUUACGACCUCAGUCCAGAGGUGCAGAACGACCGGAUCCGCGGCCGGUGCAGAGGUGAAAGAGAUGGGUGUUCACGUUGA